CUCUAAGCUAUCCUAAAAUUCGAGAUAAUUCUCUGAUUUUAGAUAUUCUUGGUGGAUAUAUUCACGAAAAUAGGGCUAAGCUAAUCAAAAUCUAGGUAUUUUCUCACCAAAGAUGAUAAUCUCAAACCAGAGGAGCCUUGUAAAGCCGACGCAGAGGGAAUCAUGAUAAGGGAAGGCCCAAUCCCUGAGAUGGGGCUUCCCACAGGUCAAUUGGCCCUUGAGAUCGAUGAGGAAAGGCUGGGUUUAGGGGGAAUUGAUGAAUGUAAUCUUCCGAAUAUCUUCACACUUCUCAUAUUCUAUGUCAAAUUUACGAGGAUAAUGCAUGCACACUUCUUGAGAAUUAUUGGGAAUCUAUGGUGAGUUAAUUAAAAAUUGGUAGAGAAAUGAAAAUAUAAUAAUAUUAAGAGCACAACUGAUUGUAGCUUCUUUCAAGAAUUUAUAAUUUUGUACUCCUAUUUGGUAUUCUCAACCUAUAAGACUCUCAGGACGUUUGAUUGUUUAUUAUAAGUUAGUAUUUUCCUAACCUAAGACUUUUCGAAUCCAGCUCGGUGUAAAAAUAAUAAAAUUUUCUCCAAAAAUCAAAAAAUCAUUUUAAGAACUAUACUUAAUCAAAAACAAAUUUAGAGGGUAAAUAAUAUAUUUUCUCACCAACGUAAUACCCAAAACAUGAUUACUCAACUUCUACUGCCAAGUAGAAGUUGCCAAUCAACACCUAGGAUACUUUCGGUUUCAAAUCUCCCUCUAAACCCUCCCACUCCCCCUACUCUAAAUUUCCCUUUUCUAAAUAUUACAUUAAAUUUUC